GGUGUCCACGCAAAGGUCAGGUAGUCGCUCGAGGAGGCACAGCCGCCGGGACGCUCGGGUCCCGGCGAGCGAGGCCCAACAGGCUCUAAGGCCAUCGCUCCAGCUCCACUUCACGGGAGCCCCACGGAGGUCGCCCCUAGGGACCCCUGCGGAUCCUGGCCCCGGAAACGGAGCGCCACUCUUUCCCUUGGUUUUCCCGACCCCCGCCAGGCGGCGCCGUCUGCCCGGCUCGGGCUCUCCCGCGGCUGGAAGCCCUGACCGCCCACGGGGCGCUGAGAUUGGCGAGAUGAGUCGCGGAGAGACUGGCAGAGAGUAACAUGCCUCCUGAAAUAAGUUUGCCUCAAUGGGCUGUGUUUUUUGAGCGUGAGGAUCUCUUAGAAUACAAAUGCAAAUCCUGGUGCAGUAGAUCAGGAAUGGACCCUGCAAACCAGCAUCAGCAGCCUCUCCAGGUUGAUGCUGAUGACCUACGGAAAUAGUGGGAGAACUAGUUGAGACUAUUGCAUUGGGUUGGCUCUAGGUCUGCUUAUUUACAGGAGCGUUUCCAACUGGAGGCCAUGUUGGCUGGGUUUGGGAUGGAGGGUCUGGACUGGCCAGAGUUCUCUCCCCACCUUGACCCUCUUCACCAGAAUGCAGAAGGUCUUCGUGCUGGUCUUCUUGGCCUGGGUCAGCUUCCUCUUCUAUGCCGGCAUUGCCCUCUUCACCAGUGGCUUCCUGCUCACCCGUCUGGAGCUCACCAACUACAGCAGCUGCCAAGAGCCCCCAGCCCCAAGUCUCACCCAUGCCUGGGGAGCCUCCUGCAUCCUUGCCUUUCCUGGGCAAACUGGGCACCUUGCAGAGGAUCCUGGAAAUGCAGCCCCAUCACGCCUGGCUCUACAGAGCUCAGGUUGACCCACCCACCACCACCAUGCAGCGCCUCAAGGCUCUCACCACUGGCUCACUGCCCACCUUUAUUGAUGCUGGCAGUAACUUUGCCAGCCACUCCAUAGUGGAAGACAAUCUCAUUCGGCAGCUUACCAGUGCAGGAAGACGUGUGGUCUUCAUGGGAGAUGAUACCUGGAAAGACCUUUUCCCUGGAGCUUUCUCUCGAGCUUUCUUCUUCCCAUCCUUUAAUGUCAGAGACCUUCACACAGUGGACAAUGGCAUCCUGGAUCACCUCUACCCGACCAUGGAGAGUGGUGAUUGGGACGUACUGAUUGCUCACUUCCUGGGCGUGGAUCACUGUGGCCACAAGCACGGCCCUCACCACCCUGAGAUGGCCAAGAAACUUAGCCAAAUGGACCAGGUGAUCCAGGGGCUUGUGGAUCGCUUGAAGAAUGACACGCUGCUCGUGGUGGCUGGGGACCACGGAAUGACCAUGAAUGGGGACCAUGGAGGGGACAGUGAGCUGGAGGUCUCGGCUGCACUCUUUCUGUAUAGCCCCGUGGCCCUCUUCCCCAAUCCCCUGCCUGAGGAACCAGAGGUGAUUCCUCAAAUCAGUCUGGUACCCACGCUGGCCUUACUGCUGGGCCUGCCCAUUCCAUUUGGGAACAUCGGGGAAGUGAUGACUGAGCCGUUCGCAGGAUACAAAGACUCCCAGCCCCACUCCUCUCCUCUGACCCAAGCCUCCGCUCUCCAUCUCAAUGCUCAGCAGGUGUCCCGAUUUCUUCACACCUACUCCGCUGCUACUCAGGACCUCCAAGUUAAGGAGCUUCAGCAGCUGCAGAGCCUCUUCUCCAAGGCCUCUGCUGACUACCACCAGCUUCUCCAGAGCCCGCGGCAGGCCGAGGCGGAGGCGGCCCUGCAGGCUGUGAUCGCCGAGCUGCAGCAGUUUCUGCGCGGGGCUCGGGCCAUGUGCAUCGAGUCUUGGGCUCAGUUUUCUCUGGCCCGCAUGGCAGGGGGUGCCGCCCUGCUGGCUGCUGCCUGCUGUCUCUGUCUGUGGGCCUCCCAAUGGACAACGUCUCCAGGCUUCCCUUUCUGCCGUCUGCCCCUGAUGCCAGUGGCCUGGUGUCUGGCUGGGGCCGUACUGUGCGCUGGACUCCUGGCAACUACUGGACUGAAGUUGGAGCCCGUGGUCCUCGUGGCUGUGGCUGCAGUGGGCUCUCUGCUGCCUUUUCUGUGGGAAGCCUGGGCUGGCUGGGGGGCCAGGAGGCCCCAGGCAGCCCUGCUUCCCACUCCUGGGCCUGUCCUGCUCCUCCUGCUCAUUCGCUGGGCUGCCUUCUUCUCAGAUAGCUUUGUUAUAGCUGAGGCCAGGGCCACCCCCUUUCUUUUGGGAUCCCUCAUCUUGCUCCUGGUUGCUCAGCUUCACUGGGAGGGCCGGCUUCUGCCACCUAAGCUGCUUGGAGUACCCCGCUUGGGCCCUUCAACCCCAACAAGCCCCUCACAGCACAGUAACAUGCAUGCCCUGGGGCUUGGUGUCGGGUUGCUCUUCUGUACAAGGCUAGCCGGACUCUUUCAUCGCUGCCCUGAAGAGACACCUGUUUGUCGUUCCUCUCCCUGGCUGAGUCCUCUGGCAUCCAUGGUGGGCGGCCAAGCCAAGAAUCUGUGGUACGGAGCUUGUGUGGGGGCGCUGGUCACCCUGUUAGCUGCUGUGCGCUUCUGGCUUCGCCGCUAUGGUAAUCUCAAGAGCCCUGAGCCCCCUGUGCUCUUUGUGCGCUGGGGCCUGCCCCUCAUGGUCCUGGGCACUGUCGCCUACUGGGCAUUGGCAUCUGGAGUGGAUGAGGCGCCCCCGAGGCUGCGGGCCCUGGUGGCCGGAGCAUCCACCCUGCUGCCUCGGGCCGUGGCAGGCUUGGCUGCUUCAGGGCUCAUGCUGCUGCUGUGGAGGCCUGUGACGGUGCUGGGGAAAGCUGGCCCCAGUGCCCCAAGGACCAGGACUGUCCUCACUCCUUUCUCAGGUCCCCCAACUUCUCAAGCCGACCUGGAUUACGUGGUCCCACAAAUCUACCGGCACAUGCAGGAUGUGUUCCGGGGCCAAGUAGAGAGGACCAGUGCACAGGGCCCUCUGACUGUGGCUGCCUAUCAGUUGGGGAGUGUCUACUCGGCCGCUAUGGUCACAGCCCUCACCCUGCUGGCCUUCCCCCUUCUGCUGUUGCAUGCUGAGCGCAUCAGCCUUGUGUUCCUGCUUCUGUUUCUGCAGAGCUUCCUGCUCCUGCAUCUGCUCGCUGCGGGGAUCCCCGUCACCACCCCUGGUCCUUUUACUGUGCCAUGGCAAGCCAUUUCUGCUUGGGUUCUCAUGGCCACACAGACCUUUUAUUCCACGGGCCACCAGCCUGUGUUUCCAGCGAUCCAUUGGCAGGCAGCCUUCGUAGGAUUCCCAGAGGGUCAUGGCUCUUCUACCUGGUUGCCUGCUUUGCUGGUGGGAGCCAACACCUUCGCCUCCCACCUCCUGUUUGCAGUAGGUUGCCCGCUACUCCUACUCUGGCCAUUCCUAUGUGAAAGUCAGGGGUCCCAGAAGAGGCGGCAAACCCCAGGGAAUGAAGCUGAGGCCAGAGUCAGGCUCAAGGAAGAGGAGGAGGAGGCCCUGAUGGAGAUGCGGCUCCGGGACUCGCCUCACCACUUCAGUGCAGCACUGCUGCAGCUGGGCCUUAAGUACCUGUUUGUCCUUGGUGUUCAGAUUCUGGCCUGUGCAUUGGCAGCCUUCAUCCUCCGACGGCAUCUCAUGGUCUGGAAGGUGUUUGCCCCCAAGUUUAUUUUCGAGGCUGUGGGCUUCAUUGUGAGCAGCGUGGGACUUCUACUGGGCAUAGCUUUGGUGAUGCGAGUAGAUGGUGCCGUGAGCUCUUGGUUCAAACAGUUCUGGCCCAGCAGAGGUAACUGAGGCUACAGGAGUGGGCUCCUGGCUCCUAAGAGCUGAAGAACAAUGUAGCCUGGCCAGUACAGGUGCUGGAUCAUCUGCAAGAGGCUCCUGGUUACACCUUUUGCCAUCAUGCAGCCAGAGACGAUGGCCUCUGGGAUUUGACUAUUUUAUAACUCAGACUUUGGAGCUUGACUCCUGACUCCUGCCUUAGGUGCACAUGGAGGACUGAGAGGUGGUUUCCAAAGUGGAAUAAAAUAAUUGUAUAAA